AAAGUGUAAAUAAACAAAGAAAAAUUUAUGUGACAUUGGAUUUUUCGGAACAAUGACAACAAAAUAAGAUAAAAGAUUAAAAUUUGAGAUACAAAUAAUAACUGGACUGAUGAGUGCAUCUAAUCACAGUAAUUUUAACUUGACCAAAGUAAAAUGAGUGCUUACAGAAAUUCUACGUAAGUCAAUAUUAAAAACUAUCUGCAAAUUACAAGUGAUUAAGAAGUACAUAAAACGAAAAUUUCCCAGAACUUCCUUAAUGUCUAGAAUUACCAGCGAAUUGUGAGCUUAGUAAUAAAAAAUUCAAAGCAAACACAAAGCCACUGUAAUACAGGGCGCCAAUUGAAUGGGAAUCAAAGUAACCAAAGAAAAUCGCACAGUCAUACUUUGUGUAAGGAAGCCGCUGGAUUGACUUACGAAUUGCGUACGAGCAGACAGAAGUAAUGUAAGACAAUGAUAUAAUCAUUGAGUGUAUCCAACAGUAAAAAGAAAUCAACAAAUAUACAUAUAUAUGUAUAUAUGUACAAUAAACAGAAGCAGUCUAGCAAUUAAGUUUAUAUAAGUAACUGAAUAUAAAUUACAUUUCAUAUCAAAGUUGCACGUAAACCAAAAAAAGUAUAAUAAAAAGAUCAUAAAGAAAACAAUGGCCACAAAAACUGUUAUAAAUACUACUAAAAUUCCACAAACUCGUGGAAUUUCAAUUAUUAUUGAUCCAGACCAGCAGGUUGUGAAUUGUAAGCAACAGCAACAACAUCAAUUAGAAUCGUCUAAAAUUAUCAUAUUCCACAACUCAACAGCAAAUACUAUAACAACAACAACAACGACAUCAACGAAACCGCUGUCUUCCACAACAGAACUCACCAAUGAAACAAGAUCAGCAGAAAAAGUAGGCCCAUUGUACGAAACGUUGUUGUCAACGAAGUCCCCAGCCACUUUAAAGACAUUUAUCGAUAUUAACCGUAAACAUAAUAAUGAUGACCACAAUAAUGAAGUCAAUAAAACUCAUAACGAUAUUAAUAAAGUACAUAAUGACAAAAAUAAUAAUGAGGAAUACGUGCAAGAAAUUUUGAAAGAAACUGGUUACAGCGCAACUCCACAUUUGUUGCUGAGAGUGGUGAGUGAUCCUCAUGUAGCCGAAAGAGGAAAAAUCUAUGAAAAUGUAGCUGAAAAUUCGCAGAAGACUGUUCAACUCAAUUCUGAAACGACUGCAAACACUGUAAACUCAUUUAAUAUCGAAGAAAGUAGUAAGAGCCAUAAUCUUAAAAUUGGUAUUGGUGGUGAACAUGAACCAAAGCAAAAGAGCAACACUGCAAAAGACGUUAAUGGCGAUAAUGGCUAUAAUGGCGAUGAUGAAGUUUUGACCAGCAAGAAAAUUAUAAUAAAAUGCAACAACGAAGACGAAGACGAAAACGAGCAGCAGACAUCAACUAAUAAUGCCUCUAAUGAUGUUAAUAUUGACGAUUACGCCGAAUACCGAACUAAACAAAGUGAAGAAAGUCUGCACAUUAGUGUUGGUAGCACUCUUAUUGAUGGUGAUAGUGAAAAUGGUAAACUCUCUGGCGGGAGUGUGCGUAUUGGAGAUAGUCUACAGCAGCUACAGCUACAGCCACAUGUAGAGCAACAUCAACAUCAACAUCAACAGCAACAGCAGCACCAAGAAGAGCAGCUGGAAAACGUUACUGCUGUGGAAUGGCCUAACAGUCUAACGACGAAAGCUGAUUGUGUAAGUGCACUGACCACGGAGAAAGAUUCCCAUGUGGUGAAGAUACAAAUAAAAUCUAAUCAUUUAAAAACAGUAAACGCAACCAAAUCUGAUACUAAAAUUGUAGAUGCAGAAAAUAAUACGAAAUUUGAAAAACAAGUGACCGUGGUAAAGCUAAACGAGCUAAACGAUAAUUUUCCGAAUAAAAAAAAUACAAAUACAGAAAACACAAGUGCUGAAUUAACAAAUAACGAUAUUAAUUUAAAUAUUGAAAAAAUGGUGCAAAAGCCAGCGGGAGCGGGUAAUAUCGGUACGCAUGCUCAGAAUUCGAUUUCGUCGGGGGGCGGUUUGACAACUGGUAAUACGACGGUUACCGAGUUAAACGUUACGAAUCCAUCAUAUCUUUACUAUAUGAUGUCUAGCGGUCAAUUUUCACCUUGUGAUACAUUAGACAGUGGUACUGGAAGUGAUUUAGAAAGCAACGGUAAUAGCAGUAAUAUAACUUUAACCACAGGUUCUGCAAAAAUUGUGACUACGUCUAAUAUUAGCGUUGUUGAUGGUGCUGGUAUUGAAGAUACACCACCGAAAAUAGAAAUGCAUUUGAAAACAACUAAAAUACGCAUACAUAAGGAUAACAAGUCAAAGGAUAAACAGAAUCGUAUAAGCUCUAAUGAGCAUCAACGUGCAGGUAGUUUAACAGACAGUGAAGAAAGCGAAUCUUCACUUAGCUGUGAUUCCUUGCAUUCUACAGAAUUUAUACGCCAAACAUCCGUUUCGCCGACAAGUAAGGCGGCAGCAGCAAAUAUGUUAGCCUCAUAUUUGCCAGAUUCAUUGCUUCGCGACAUACGAGAUCGAAAAUUUCCAACAAAUGAUUUUGAAGACAAAUACGGUAAUGGUUUAGAUGUAUUGGAAUUAAAAAGCAACGAUGAUUAUGCUGAAAUACAAAAAGCAGUGGAGUGCAUAAAACAGGAGCAAGAGUUAGAACGUAAUACAGCAUCAAAUCACGCUACUGGCCUAAUCGAAAAUAACAAACGUGCUUCUUUUCCAAAUAAAACAUUCAUUAUUAAUGCAGAUGAUGGCAUCUUUGUUGACACUAAGAUGAAUUCUAUGCCACGCAAAUAUGAAGCAGAUAAAUAUUAUAACUUUCAUGUGCAUGAGCAUGAAAACUUUCGGAGCUUUGGCAACAACAACAGCAAUGUAUGCGACAACUUAGCAGAUGACACCAUAAGCCUAUCGGAAUACGAAGUAAAAUCUGUAAAUGACGAUGCUUUUGCUGGCUAUAAGGAUAUUCGUUGUGGUUCAACAACAUCGACUAUACGUUCCUCAAAGGGUACUGUGCGUGGAGUUAAGAAUCGUGUGCGUAAUGGAAUAGCCACAUUCUUACAACUGCAACAACCAAAUGUCAAGUUUUCAGUUUUUAAAAACUGCAAAGUGAGGAAAUUGAUUUGUGAAUCGAAUAGUCACAGAGGAAAAAGCCAGCUAACAAGCCAUAAUUCAAUUAACCGAACACAGGAAAUCGUACCAAUUUUGGCACAUUUGCUUAUUAUUUGAAGUUUCUUGAAUUUCUUUUUUACUAUUUCUGUU